UAUAGUGUCUUACAUGGGUCAUCACUACGCUCUAACCUGAUUUGAGGUACAGGCUUUUCUACCUGAGAGUCCCUUAUGUAUAAUUGUGUGAGCAGGCAUGUGCCAGCUUUCUUAACUCAACUACCAAUCAGAACUCUUGUUGUAUUAGCUAGAAAUAUGGCGACUGGUGGCAACGGAGAAACAUUUUUUAAGAAUCGCCUGUCAAAGGAAAGGUCACCGUACCUAUUGCAACAUGCAAGUAACCCAGUAGACUGGUAUCCAUGGGGUGACGAAGCAUUUGAAAAAGCCAGGAGGGAAGACAAGGUCAUCUUCCUAUCAGUUGGUUACUCCACAUGCCAUUGGUGCCAUGUGAUGGAGAGAGAAUCAUUUGAAGAUGAGGAGAUUGGUAAAAUUUUAAACGAGCAUUUUGUGAGCAUCAAGGUUGAUCGAGAAGAGAGGCCAGAUGUCGAUAGGGUAUACAUGACCUUCAUUCAGGCGACAAGUGGUGGAGGUGGUUGGCCAAUGAGUGUGUGGAUCACCCCUGACCUCAAACCACUUACUGGUGGUACGUACUUUGCGCCAACGGAUCGUUUCGGACGGCCUGGCUUUGCAACGAUCCUGAAAAACAUUGCUAGCCAAUGGACACACAAAAAGGAAGACAUGAAGAAGCGCGGUUCAGCCAUUUUGGAUGCCCUUGUAAAGAACACAGUUGUGAAGCAGACAGAAACACAGCCUGUGAUUGGUCAGGAGGCUAUUGACACUUGUUAUGACCAACUGAAGAAGGGUUAUGACCCUCAAUAUGGAGGAUUUGGUGAUGCACCAAAAUUCCCUCAGCCAGUAAAUUUCAACUUUAUGUUUCGUUACUAUGAUUUCAAACGAAUGAAUGUUGGAAAGUCAGGAAUUGCAGAGCCAAAAAAUCAGAAAGAGGAGCCUUCAGAAGAUGCUUCUGCUUGUCGUGGUGAAACUAGUGAGGGCAGUAGUCAAGAAAUCCUGAACAUGUGCCUACACUCAUUGAAGAUGAUGGCAAAGGGUGGAAUGAAUGAUCACAUUGGAUUGGGCUUCCAUCGGUAUUCCACUGACCGCUAUUGGCACGUGCCCCAUUUUGAAAAGAUGCUCUACGAUCAGGCCCAGCUGGCCAUUUCAUACCUAGAUGCAUAUCAGUUGUCUAAGGACGAGGGGCUAGCAGAUGUGGCCCGCGAUAUCCUAACAUAUGUGGAUAGAGAUCUAAGCGACACGGCUGGUGGUUUCUAUAGUGCUGAAGAUGCUGAUUCACUGCCAACUCAAGAUUCGCAGGAAAAAAAAGAGGGUGCUUUCUGUGUCUGGAAAGAAAAAGACCUAGGCAUAUUGCUUAGCGAGUCUCUACCUUCAAAGCCAUCACUUACCCUUGCUAAGGUUUUCAACCAUCAUUAUGGGGUACAUGAAUAUGGAAAUGUUAGUUUUGAUCAA